AUAAAAAAAAAGAAUUACAAUAUUUUUUAUCAAUGAAUUUAUCAAUUGAAUGUUUAUAUUUCCUUCCUGUUCAACUCAAGAAAAUGAUUCAGUGAAAUAAGUUAAUAGAACAAAAAUAAAAUUUAAAUGCUUGAGUCACUAUUGUUGGACAUUAAUACACGAAUCCACACCAUGCACCCCUACCACUGGUUCUCCGAAAUCUGCAGUAUGAUAGCCACAUUCAAUACUUACGUCACCAACGUCUUACAGUACAGCGCGAGGACGCGACGCGGCCGCACGCCUACAUAAGAAGUCGCACAAUUACGGAAACCGAAUCGAGUGAAAUCAGUGACAAUGAUACAAGUGGUAGUGCUCACACUCGUCGCUUCGAGUUCUGCUUUCACGACACACAGAUACGAUACCUACGACAACUACCGCCCCAUCACGACGCUGUUUAGUGACAUCUUCGCGUACGGACCCGGGGAUGAAACGCGAUUUAUGCAAACGUACGAGAACCCAAGGCGACACAAUGAUGUUAGGGGGGAGGUAUACAACCAGCGACGCGACUUCAACAGAGACAGUACAGGCAGACAAAUGGAUACCCAGUACAACUACCUAAAUCCGUACGAGUGGAGCAACAGGGAGGUCCCGUGGAGUGCAGUAGUAACUAAACCUGCGAACAUCAUUAACAGGUUUAAUCCUGCAAACAGAGACGAAAGCAAAACAUUUCCAAGCACCAAACGAGAUCCUGCAGAGCAAGAGGACACAGGAGCAGACAUCAAUCAAACGAAUACAACAAUAGAUUUAAAUAGAACACAAGUUGACGUAAAUGACAUGCAACUUAACAUGCAGUCAGGUGACGUAAACCGCACGCUGGUAAUUAAUGAACAACAAAUUACUUGGAAUAAUGAACACAAUAGUCAGCUUGAAGACAAUGCCAAUAUUACAACGAGAAGCAUUAAUUCCAAUAGUAAUUAUAGUAAUUCAUUGCACUUUAAUGAUGUACCUUCUAAGCCGGGGCUUGAUAAACAGUACAACUCGACAAAUAUAAAUGGCAAAGUAGCUAACAGUACUGACGCUGUUCACCAUAACACUACUGGCGAGGAAAGCAGUAACAAGACUCAGAGCAGUGGUGAUGAAGUCACAGCUAAGAAUAAUGUACAGAGAACAGACAAUAAUGUGGACGACGACAGGUGGAUCUGGAGCAACGGAGAAGAUCCUAAGGUGGAAACUGCAACUGUCGGCCUGGACGACCGAGCAGCGUUCGACGGAGUAGCCUGUCCUGCCGGCAAGGUGAAGGUCGGCUCUAUGUGCAUCACUCCUGACUGACAGCGGAGCUCGUUGGCCAGGGAACAUGAAUCGGUGGUACAGCUCGUGGGGGGCUUAGUGAAACCAGUGCAGUCGGAGAGACGUUGUCACUUCUGUAUACUCAGUAGAUAGUGUGAGGUGUCACGUAUUUCGCAGUAUUAUGAAAGUGAUCAGAAUAGCGAGUGAGGUCAAUGUACCCGUGGACAUUCGUGUAGAGGUUGUGUAGCAUUAUCGGUGACACUGUUCAAUCAGGAUGUUGACUACGUGAGUCUAAUCUCAGUAGAAAAUGGUGUAUUGCGGUGGAAGGUGGAAACUUGUAUGGGUUAAACUGUGAUCUAAUAGUUCCUAACAUUGUAAUGUCUACUAUAAGUAGGACAAUCGAGAUUUCUUUUUUAAAGUAACAAGAAAGUAGUACGUAAACAUAAGAGACAAGUUAUCUGAGGUCACGCUUUAAUACAACAACACGUUUUGUUAAAAUUUUAGCUCAUGAAUUUGUUUUGCUCACAAAAUUAAAUUUUUUGUAACAAAAUUGACUUACAUAAUUAUCUUUUGUCUAAAGGGUAACAUAUAAUAUUGUAUUACAUAUUUCUGGAAGAGGUAAGCAGAGAAGACCUUGAAAGUUAUAUUUAUUUUACAACAAUAUAACUUUAAAGUUCGAAAAAAUAUGGUUUCGAAUCCUAACCACGUGUCAGCCGUUGUGCUCCAACCAAAGAGACAAAUAAACUGUAGUUCUUACUACUUCGUAAAUUAAUUAUUGUUGCGAGGUAAAUGAAACAAUUUUUAAUGCUGAUAAUCUUUGAACUCGUAGACCGUACAACUCAGUACACACAGCUCAGAGAAAUGGUUUACAACUCACACACACACACAUCUGUGACUGUCAUUAAUGACGUGUUACAUGUGUGGGUAUCACUUCAUCGUUUACUUUAGAUCUGCGAUAUCACGACCUGGACGUAAAACAGUAAAUUAAAUUUGAAUAAUUUUUGAAAAAUAAUUAUUACAAUAAGAUGCUACCAUUGCACACCCGGUUUGAAAAGUACGUAAUAUUGCAUACCAAUAAACACUACAAGAAAAUAUAUUUAUAUCGAGAUAUAAUUAUGUAUAAUAAUAUAGAACUUGAUCAGACGAUUCAAUUUAUUCACACAUUUAAACUCAAUUGAUGGACAGUUUAUCGAUGUGUGCUAACUAAUUGACUAUGCGGACUGUACAUACACGCUUCAUGAGAAGUACUUGUCAAUGCUCGCACGUACAAACAUUGGUGUUUGGUGGAAAUAUCUUAACGCAAUAUUCAAGGCCAACUCAAUACAAUAUACUUAACUAUGUAAUUGUGAAGACACCAGCACCACAAGUUACACUUCUAUGUCCGAAUUUUGUAUUGCAAUUACAACGUUAUCGUUUUGUGUUAAGGAGUAUUACAGUUUGCAACUGUAGGAUAACUUGAUAGGCUUUUGUCUACGAUGCGAACGUGAUGAAUGUGAUGAUACUUAUUGUCAACAUCUUGGUCGGAAAUACAUAAGUAGGUAUGUGUCAUAAUGUACACAAUAUAUUUUUUUGUAAAACCUACUUGGGAAUUGUUUGGUCAAUGUGUAACUAUGGUUAGUUUGCUGUUGGUUAUGUAAACUCUUAGUAAUAAUAAUAUACACGUGGCUUUAGGAGUCGCAAACAUAUUUAUAGUUGUAUAUUUACCAACUACAGAAAAAAGAGGAAAUCCUAUGUUCAGAUGAUUGUUUUAUUAGCAGAAGGGAAUGGAAAAAUUCUUGGAUUUUGUUUUUCGUUCUUAUUUUAUAUUAUGUACAUCUCCGUAGUCAAUCAUGUGUAUCAUAAUCGGAAUGUGUGAAAACCAUUCCGAGGUUAAACAUUUCUAAAAAUGAUUCAUAGGUCAUAAUAUUGUGACUGCUGUGAAAGGAGUGUUCCAAUUUUAUUACCGGUUAAACAGUAUACCGUUUUUUUUAAUUGACCAGAAACCUGAGGAGAAGCCUGAAAACCUAGAAUCAUGUACGGUGUGUGGAAAUCAUAAUACUCUCAAUGAUGAAAGUCUUAUUUAGCUAAAGCUUAGUCUACCAGCGGCUGAAAUAAAUGUCUGAUUGUUGAUACUAUUUUGUAUGCAUUCGAAAACUUGGAUCGAUUUUGAAUUACAAUCGGCUUUUCGCCCGUUAGCUUUU